AUAUUAUUUUGUCUUUCUAUGUUUUAUUUACAUUUUUUCAGUGGUGGGGAACACUUUAGUGAUGAUUGUAAUAAUUUUGGAUCGUAUGUUGAGAAGUCCUAAAUAUAUCGCAGUUUUUAAUCUUGCAUUUACAGACCUGUUAAGUAGCUCUGCUUUGGUGCCAAAGGUUGUUGACAUUUUUCUGUUUAACCAUUAUUAUAUCUCUUACAACAUCUGCUUGACUUUCAUGUUUUUCUGCUUGACUUUAAUUUCAAUGCAGGCUUUUAAUCUGGUUGUAUUGUCCUUUGACAGAGUCAUGGCUAUCAUGUACCCACUGCACUAUCAAAUGAGAGUGACCCAAAAGCUCAUUUUGUCUUUGAUUGCUUUUGGCAUAAUUCUUAUACUCAUUGCAGUUGGCCUUCUCACAAGACUUUCUUUUUGUAAGUCUGUUGUUAUUCAGAGCUACUAUUGUGAUCAUGGUCCUAUGUAUCAUCUUGGCUUCAAUGAUGUUACCCCCAAUCGUGCAAUUGCUG